UCUAUCGAUAUAUAUGUUAAAGAUUAUCUCAAAAUUGUCAAAGCUCAUCGUUUCUGUUGAAACUCAAAGCAUGGCUUCCAGUCUCUAUAUCCUAACCCUUUUCUACAUGUCCUUAAUUUUCUUCAAUAUCCCAGCUAGCUCAAUUCACUUCAAAUAUCCCAGUUUUGAUCCUAGUGAUGCCAACAUAGUCUAUCAAGGUUCUGCAGCACCUCGUGAUGGAGAAGUUAAUUUCAACAUCAAUGAAAAUUAUUCAUGUCAAGUUGGAAGAGUCUUCUAUUCAGAAAAAGUGUUACUUUGGGAUUCAAACACAGGAAAACUCACUGACUUCACAACUCAUUACACUUUUGUCAUCAACACUCAAGGUAGAUCACCUUCAUUAUAUGGCCAUGGUCUUGCCUUUUUCUUGGUUCCUUAUGGAUUUGAAAUCCCCCUCAAUUCUGAUGGUGGCUUUAUGGGUCUAUUUAACACCACAACAAUGGUUUCAUCUAGUAACCAAAUUGUUCAUGUAGAAUUUGAUUCUUUCGCAAAUCGUGAAUUUCGCGAGGCAAGAGGUCAUGUGGGAAUCAACAUUAAUUCAAUCAUUUCAUCAGCUACGACACCUUGGAAUGCCAGCAAACAUAGUGGAGACACUGCUGAGGUAUGGAUUAGGUACAAUUCUACAACCAAGAAUUUGACCGUAUCUUGGAAAUACCAAACUACCUCAAAUCCUCAAGAAAAUACUAGUCUUUCAAUUUCAAUUGAUUUAAUGAAAGUUAUGCCUGAAUGGAUUACUGUAGGAUUUUCUGCUGCAACAAGUUAUGUUCAAGAAUUAAAUUAUCUUUUGUCAUGGGAAUUCAACUCCACUUUGGCCACAAGUGGUGAUAGUAAAACAAAAGAGACAAGAUUAGUUAUAAUACUAACGGUUUCUUGUGGGGUUAUAGUUAUAGGAGUGGGAGCAUUAGUAGCAUACGCAUUAUUUUGGAGGAAAAGAAAGAGAAGUAAUAAGCAAAAGGAAGAGGCUAUGCAUUUGACUUCAAUGAAUGAUGAUCUUGAAAGAGGAGCAGGGCCAAGAAGGUUCACCUACAAAGAACUUGAUUUGGCAACCAAUAACUUCUCUAAGGAUAGAAAGUUGGGUCAAGGUGGUUUUGGAGCUGUUUAUAAAGGUUACUUUGCUGAUUUAGAUUUACAAGUUGCUGUGAAGAAAAUAUCAAGAGGAUCAAGACAAGGAAAGAAAGAGUAUGUAACUGAAGUUAAAGUCAUUAGUCAACUGAGACAUAGGAAUCUUGUGAAGCUUUUGGGUUGGUGCCAUGACAAAGGUGAGUUUCUACUUGUUUAUGAGUUCAUGCCAAAUGGUAGUCUUGAUUCUCAUUUAUUUGGUAAAAGAACACCUCUUUCUUGGGGUGUAAGGCACAAAAUAGCUCUUGGAUUGGCUUCUGGUUUGCUUUAUCUACAUGAAGAAUGGGAGAGGUGUGUGGUUCAUAGGGAUAUUAAAUCAAGUAAUGUUAUGUUAGACUCAAGUUUCAAUGUCAAGCUUGGUGAUUUUGGGUUGGCUAAGUUAAUGGACCAUGAACUUGGGCCGCAAACAACUGGGCUGGCCGGAACAUUUGGCUAUCUAGCUCCGGAAUAUGUGAGCACAGGUAGGGCAAGUAAAGAGUCAGAUGUGUAUAGUUUUGGGAUAGUUGCUUUGGAGAUAACUACUGGUAAGAAAGCUACUAAAGUGAUGAAGCAAAAAAAUGAAGAGCAGGGAAUGAUUGAAUGGAUUUGGGAUCAUUAUGGAAGUGGAGAGCUACUUGUCGCCAUGGAUGAAAAUUUGCAAAAUGAUUUUGAUGAGAAAGAAGUAGAGUGCUUGAUGAUUGUUGGAUUGUGGUGUGCUCAUCCUGAUGUUAGUCUUAGACCAUCGAUUAGACAAGCAAUUCAAGUGCUUAAUUUUGAGGUUGCCUUGCCAAAUCUUCCACCAAAGAGGCCAGUUGCAACCUAUCAUGUUCCUUCAUCAUCGGUAAGCUCUGUAGAAGCUUCCAUAACCAAUAGCCUUCAAGAUGGUCGUUAAUUGAUACUUUAUCAAUGGAAUCAUGAUAAUGUUACUUAUUUUCCUUGCAUAAGAUUAUAAUAAAAAGUUAUUGUCUUGACUGGUA